AUGAGGCAUAGGCUGCUGCCGAACGGGACACGAAACCACAAUUCGUCAGACGGUUGGACAUCGGCUGACUAUUGGACUUCCGUUCACAUCGACCAUGCCCUCGACACCCAUUCCAUCUCACCGGGAGAGCGAAAACUGGCGAUUAUCCUUCCGGCAGACAACCCGAGUCCCGACCUUUGCAAAGUAAUUAGCAGCGCCGUCGCGCUUGGCUACCCAGCGCCCAUAAUCGUCAACUGGAGGAAGGACUUUCACACCAACGAAGACGGCAUAGGGCCAUCGCAGCUGGGAAAGAUCUCUGGCACCCUGAACUAUCUUGAGUGGGCGAUGAGCGAAAAGGCGCCUCAAUCCGAGAGGCUUACCAACGACGACCUCGUCCUCAUGUUGGACGCAUAUGAUAUCUGGCUACAGCUACCACCAAGUGUUCUCCUCAAUCGAUUUUUCACAGGCAACGAACGAGCGGAUAGACGAAUCGCGAGGGAGUUUGGAGGGGGGGUUAGCCGGGGUUUAAUGCGACAGACGGUCGUCGUCUCGGCGCAGAAGGGAUGCAUGGCGCCACGGGACUCCAUUUCCAACCUCCACUGCGACGGCGUGCCCGAGAGCACGCUCCCGAAGAACGUGUACGGCCUCUUGACGGAUUCGCCACUAUCUCGGAUUCUGAGGUGGAAGUAUACGCGGCCGAAGUACGUCAACAGCGGCAGCUUCAUGGGUCCGGCCAGUGAUGUGCGGAGAUAUUUCCGUCGCGUCAAGGAUAGGAUGGAUCAAAAUCUCUUGGCGAUGGACGAGGGCCAGGAGCUAGGAGGGGACCAGGGCGUGUUCGCAGAAAUAUUUGGAGAGCAAGAAUCUUGGCGUCGGCGGACGCAGCAAAUAGGUCCAGGGAGGGACAGGGCGCAGACGAAGUUAAGCGGCGAAUUCGAAUACCAUGUCGGGCUGGACUACACCCAGGAGCUUUUCUAUCCGACAUGUUAUUCCGAGCAUGACAGCUACUUUGUCUCUUUGAAUGAUGCCGAAGAGGUAGCGAGGGAAUCUGGACGGCUUGGAGUCUCACCGCCCCGCGUACAGGGGGUACCCAGAGACAUUGAAGUAGCAGAGAGACCUCUAUCUCUACUCGAUGAUGAUGGUGGCGAUGAUGUAAGGAGAGGGGGCCGUGGGUGGGGAGACCUACCGCUCUACGUCGAUUUUUGGACAACAGCAAUUCCCGUGGCGAUUCAUCACAACGCAUGGAGAGACGGACUCAAGAAUCGCCGUCGAACGUGGUGGGAUAAGACAUGGUAUUUCCCGUACUUGCGCAGACUUCUGCAGGCACGCGUUAAAUUGACCGAGACAAAAGCACCGCCCUUGGUAACCCUCCCGGCGCUUAAUGGAAGUCUGGAUGUUUGGCCGUACUUUUCCUCGUCCCCGGAUACGGCGGCUGUGCUGUUUGUGAGGAACAGGAACACAACCAAGGAAGAAUGGAGCUUGGAGAGGGCGGACUGGGGAGCUGUCUGCAAGAGUAGCAACGCAACGAUGGAGGCAAAGAGGCCGUGGAAGAGCGCACCUGUGGCGCCCCCUUUGGUGGCUACGGACAGGAUCGUCCCGCUCUCUCAGGAAGAUGACACGCAAAUUAAUCGUGAUCUCAUCCUCAACUUCAUGAUGCGGUUUGACUCGGUCCUUGACGCGGAAAAGCUGCACUCGGCACUUGAGGGACUCUUAAACCGGCCCGACUGGAAGAAAUUGGGUGCUAGGCUGAGGUUGAAUAGCGAAGGGAAACUCGAAUACCACAUCCCACAGCAGUUCGACGACACCCGGCCGCCAUUCACCUAUUCCCACAUCAACUAUGACGUUGCCAUCGGCGAGCAUCCGCUGGCUUGUCGCGUACCGAGUGGAUUCGCAGGCGAGGAGCCUGCAACCGUCCUGGACCCUUAUGAACUCUUCCCUUUGAUGCGACGAGAAGACGCGCCGACCAAGAUAGAAGACUACCUGUACAGCGACAAGCCGCAGUUGAGCCUUCAUGUUGUCUCUUUCACCGAUGCUACUCUUGCCUCUCUCACCUGGCCACACACUCUCUGGGACGCGAUGGGACGACGGGAAUUUCUGCUCGCAUGGACUGCGAUACUGGCUGGCCGCGAUGAUGAAGUCCUCCCGCUUCAUGGCUUCGACACUGACCCCCUGAGUGAUUUCUGCGAAAGUCCCAAGGAGGAGUCCAAAUUGAUCGACAAGAGCCUUUCAAUCCUACAGUUGAUUGUUUUUGGUAUUCGCUACUGGUUUGAGCAUUUCUGGUACACCGAAGAGGAGACGCGUAUUGUAUGCAUCCCGAGCGCCUUUAUGAAACGUGCGCGGGAAACCGCCAUUUCCGAACUCAAAGCCACCCGGGCGGAAAGCGGGAAACCUACCGACGAUGUAUUCCUAAGCGACGGCGAUAUAAUCUCGGCCUGGGGCGCCCGACUGCUAGCGGAGCAUCUUCAAGUGGGCAAAAACCAGACUGUAUGUGUGCUGAACGCGUUCGGUUGGCGCUCACUUCUCAGCCCCGACAUUUUGCCGCGGUCGAAAGCCUAUGUCGCCAACGCCUCCUCGGGUAUUUUUGCGUUCCUAAAGGGAGGUGACAUCUUGUCUCGCCCUCUCAGCUACACGGCUUCCGAAGUGCGACGUGCCAUCGCGGAGCAGGGGACACGUUCCCAGCUUGAGGCCAGCGUGAAGCUGACGCGGGAGUCAAUUCGCGCCCGGGGCGUUCCACCCAUGUACGGCGACGCGACCAUGCAGUUGAUCAUCGUAUCGAAUUGGUCAAAGGGGAGAUUCUUCGAAAUGGACUUUUCGCCCGCGAUUGUGCCUGGUUCCAAGUCUGCGCGUCCUGGGGAUGCGACGGGCAAACCGACUUACAUUCAAGCGGCCGGACACGCCAAUGGAUUUUCUAUCCGAAAUGCCUUUCAGAUUUCUGGGAAGGAUGGCCAAGGGAAUUACUGGCUCUCAGCUUCAUUGAGGAAGCACGUGUGGUCUAGUAUCGAGAAAGCUCUGACCGGUACUAAGUCGACGAAUUAG